UCAGCCAUCUGACUCCCCUAUCAAAUGAAAUCAUGGCAUGGUUAGAAGGGUUGCCAAUGACACGUUUAUUUUCUGCAGCGCAUUUCACCCGUUCUUGUGAGAAAGCAAAUGCAGUGCAUCUGCAUCUAAAAAUGUUGGUUUGAUCCCAGAGUUAUCUAUCCAUAUGUAAUUCUUAUGUCCAACAUUGUUUACAGAUGUAUGCAUGAGAAAGGCUUUUUCAAUCAAUAAUGAGGUCACUACUUGCACAGCGUUUUCAACGGCUCAGCUUGUGUGUUUACCUCGCUAACUGCUAGCUUGCUAGUUGUCAAGCUUCAAGUAUCAGUUGCUGUUACUCGACACUUGUCUCCCUGGCUGGCUGGACUGUCUCAGCGAGCCACAUGAUGACCACCUGUUCCAAAUUCUCUUGGUGGCACUUGCCCCUGGCCAGCAAGCAUUUUGGGACUGUGUCCAAUGGCUUCUAUGCACUUUCUUGGAGGUUCAUAUGCCACUACAGGAGGGAAAUAAAUAUGCAGAAUCCCAAUGCUUUAUCUUUAGUUUAGCUUAGAAUUUCUGGAUAAUAUCAUCAUCUAUUAUGUUAUUCAACAUCAUAUUUUCAUAAUUUUACUAAAUUAAAACACAGCAGAAGACUGGAAACCAUGAUGUAAAUAGGAUUGUAGGAUUGGUGUUAGGAUGCUAAAGAACAUUGCACUUUAUGCAUAUCAGCAGGGCCAUUAGGUUACUGUAGGAAUGAACUGGCAGUUAGUUAACUGUUGGAAAUUCAUUAUCUGAAGAGAUUAAAUCCAAGAAUAUGACUAAAUAAAUCUAACUUCUCCUGUAGCAGGAAUGCAUUAGACGCCGACGUGAGUCACUUUAUCACGGGCAACGGAAAGCGCAUGGUUGGAUAUCGCCGAUACGAUGGGACCCUUCAGGUCGCACCUGAACCAGAGGAAGAAUUGCAACCCAUUAUCAAAGCAAUAUAUGAUGGAGAUGCGGCUGCUGUUCGAGAAAUGGUUAAACGACCCAGCAACAGUUGGCUGGUGGCUAGCAAGCACGGGUGGCUACCAAUACACGAGGCUGCAUAUUUUGGUCAAACCCAAUGCCUCAGGAUCCUCCUGGUAGCACAACCCGGUAUGAUAAACAAACGCACCCUGAAAGAUCAGACCGCACUCGUCUUGGCGGUUGGCAGAGAUCAUGUGGAUUGUGUGGAGGCACUGCUGGAGAGAGGGGCCGACACAGAAGUGAUGAACCAAAACCGGGAGACAGCAUUGUACAAAGCUUGUGAGAGGGAGAACGCUGCGAUUGUGGCUAUGCUUUUGAACCACGGUGCCACGGUGAACAAGCAGUGUAUCCAGGGCUGGACAGCCCUCCACGAGGCUGUGGGUCACCACAGUGUGGAGAUCUGUGAGAUGCUGGUGAAGGCUGGAGCCAAGUUAAGUGCAACCAACAUCUACGGCAUCUCUCCUGUCUUCACUGCUGCCCAGAGUGGACGAGUUGAAACACUGGGCUUUCUCCUAAAAAAUGGUGCGGAUGUGAACAGCCAGGCUGCCGAUGGGGCCACGGCUCUGUACGAGGCAGCGAAGAACGGGCACGAGGACGUGGUGGAGCUCCUUAUUUCUCGGGGCGCCGAUGCCAACAGACCCGGAAAAACAGGACUGCUGCCUCUUCACAUCGCUGCCCAGCGGGGGACUGAUGGAAAAAGUAUCCUGACCUUUGAAUGCCUCAAUUAUGACAAGUCAUUUAACAUUGUAUCCAUGCUGAUCCCUUCAACCAGCAAAGCCAGAGUUCGCCGCACAGGUAUUAGUCCCCUUCAUCUGGCCGCCGAACGCAACAGGGACGAAGCCCUAGAAGCUCUGAUCGAAGCCGGCUUCGACGUCAACGCCGAACUGUCGCUCGAGCGCUCCAAGAUGUUUGAGGACCGACGCACUACGGUGCUCUACUUCGCUGUCAUUAACAACAACAUCGAAGCUGCCACCAUGUUGCUGGAAGCCGGGGCGAAUCCCAACAUCGACACGUUCAACCCGCUGCUGGUGGCCGUCAGGCAGGGCUGCAUCAGGACGGUCACCUUGCUGGUGGAUUACGGAGCCAACGUCAACGCUUACAUCCCCACCCACCCCACCUCCUUCCCAGCAGCCAUCCUGUUCUGCAUGAAGUACCUGUCCAUGCUUAAGUACCUGAUGGACAACGGCUGUGACGCCUUCUCCUGUUUCAACUGCGUCUAUGGCAACGAUCAACACCCGCCGAUCAAAACCUCGCGCUCUGAGAGAGAUGACUUGCGCUAUGGGACAGACACUUCUGCCCCGAGAACCUGUGUUCAGUUCUGUGAGAUGAUCUCCACUCCAGCGGUAUGUCGGUGGGCUGGACCCAUCAUCGACGUGCUCCUGGACUAUGUGGGUCACGUCAAGCUUUGUUCAAGACUUCUUGAGCACCUCGAUAGCUAUCCUGACUGGCAAGUCAUUAAAGAGAAAGCAGUGCCACCCCGUUCGCUAAUGCAACUCUGCAGGGUCUAUAUCCGUCAGCAACUUGGAGUCAACAGACUAAAGCUUAUCCAUACACUUCCUCUCCCUAGAAGACUAGUAAAGUAUAUGAAUCACGAGGAGCGCACACAAGACUUUGCACUGGAGUAGUUCAAAGUAGUUAGUAGGUAUUAGUAGUUAACCACAGUAGCAGGAAUGACACUCAAAAUGGUUUGGUUAGAGUUUUUACUGAAACAGGAUGAAUAUUUCAUUGAAUUUGUGAAUGAAAUGUGUGCCACAGCAAUGGGAUUAUGGAUGGGAUUGUGGUUGUUUGUUCGAGUAAAGUGAUUUUAUAGGACUUGAAACAGUGGAGAUAAAGUGACAAAGUAGUAGUAGCAUUAGUGUGUUGGUGAGUAGGCCACAAUAUCGAAGACCUGCCUGCUGUGUAAAUGUACAAGUAAAUGGUUUUGUUUUUUUGUUGUUGCCUGAAUACUUUGCAAGGCCUUGUACAAAUAUUUGAGUGGUUAAACUCAGUCCUUGCUAUGAAAAUCACUCUCCAACACUAUUGAAGGCAUCUUACGGUUUGUAGGUCUGUCUAUGCAAGGAUGUUUAAUAUGAAAUGAAAGCACAGUAUUACAGUUCUGUUAGGGCAUUUUAAAUGCUUUUUGAUGUAACAAAAUAUGUACAUAAAAUAUAUUUUUUAAAUGUUUUUUUUUUAAGUUUACAGUCUGGGUUCUGGACUGUUCUUUUAAGAAUUUGUGAACAAUUCAGAAUGCUCUGGUAGGCCUAUCAAAUACAGGUUUACAGAAUCGCACUGGUACAGUUUAAGUAGGCUAAACACCUUGUACUGUGCACCUUAUACUGAGGCCAGGUUAAAGUGUUUUGUGUGAUGAGAGAAGAUGUCAUGGGAGACGAAGAUGUCAUGUUUUCAGUUGUUGGUUUGUGAAAAAUAUACCACUUUUAAUGUCCACAUUUUUGGACAACCUUCUAUAUUUUACUUUAAAAUCCCACUGACUGACCACAAUGUGUGUUGAAACCGGUAAUUAUCAUAUCAUGUUUGGUUAUAAAACAAAUACAACUA